CCAUUGUGUGUGGUGUGAUUGAAUGUUACCACAAUUGUGUGGCUGUAACAGCAGCCAUCACAUCCAGCUAAAUGUUUGGUUCUGCCAAAAAGAACACCAAAGAAAUACUGGUAAAAAAUUAAAAAAAAAGAGUGAAAUAGCCAGCUUCUAUGCAUAUUCCAAUGUAUUCAUAAAUGAACCUACAGAAACAUAAUGCACUCCUUAAAGCAGAGAGCAUCUGCAGUGGGAUGGUAGAAACCUCUCCGCCAGCUUAAGAUGCCCCAAGGUCCACAAAUGCAUCAAAGGCCCCUGAGCCAGGUCCAGGCAGAGGCCAGCACACACACUGAACCAGAACCCUGGGACAUAUUGACCAGGACCACAGUCUCGGGGCCACGGGAGGCCCCCAGAUUCAUCCAGGAGCAGUACAACCACCAGAACAAUAACUAUGAACUUUAUCAGGAAGGAAACCCUUUCAGAACUGUGAGUCCUUUAGGAUACAAUGGAAAAGAAAUUUGAUGUGUUAUUUUUUCAGCCUCACUGUGUGAGAAAAGACACCGAGGUUCUGGAACAAUGAGAUUCCUCUGUUUCAUUUUGCUGUCAACAUCAGUAUUCCACUCAAAACUGAUUGCUGACGUUCUGACAGAUCAGAACGUUUACGCUUGAAUGAAGCUUCAGGCGUUAUUCAGGCGUAAACACCUGAAUGGUCGUUCUCAAAACUGUCGCUCUAAAAGCGACAAUUUUGAUCACAGAUUGGGACUAAAUGAAUGUUAAUCAGAUGCAACAAGCAGUAAUCUGCUUCCCAGCAUUUAUUACAACUGUGGGAAGAAGAAAAUCGCUUUCCGGAAGAGUAAAUGUUGCAACAAUGGAAUUUCAAAUCAUGUGACUUCACAACUCAGCCUACAAGGUAACCAGGUGUAUUAUCAAACAGGCGUGGUUAUGGAUUUAUAGCUUAGCUCUAGUUUGAAUGGAGAAUGAUGCACAGACUCAAAGUCUAACAGAGAUACUGCACACAUCAAAACUGAUAGACAGAAGUUCACAUGAACUACAUGCCAGUGAAAGGAGUCAUGGACAGACCAGAGGAGUGCAACAGGGCCGUGUUGGUGUCUGUAGCAACCUUUGACUCUGGGGUUCCCUUAGAAAAGAGGUCUGGGGCCAACCGUGAUGCUAAGAAGCUUCACCGCAUCCUCACUAAACUGGGCUACAAGGUGGAACUUCACAUGGACCCGAGCAGCAAGGAAAUCUACAACCUGUUCUCUGAAGAAAGCAGGCGGCCUGUGAAGGACUGCUUCCUGGCUGUCCUGUCGUCUCACGGGGAGGAGGGCUGCGUGUUCGGAUCAGAUGGGAAACCUGUCCGACUGUCUCGUGUCUUCACGUACUUUGAUAAUGAAUGCAUGGAGAAAAAGACCAAACUGUUCCUCAUACAGGCGUGCCGAGGAGGCGCUCUGGAUGAUGGAGUGGAGGUUGAUUCAUCAGUCAGCAGAUUCCCACACUACCUUUCUGUUCCCGUGGAUACGGCUGUGAUGUUUGCCACAUCACCAGGUUAUGGUGCGUUCAUGAACCUCACUGGAUCAGUCUUCCUGCAGUCGUUUUGCUCAUUAUUGGAAGAGGAGGGUCACUCUAACCUGGAGCUGACUCAGCUGAUGACCCGACUCUCUCACAUGGUUGCCUACACCUUCGAGGCCAAAGGGAGGAAGUAUGACGGGAAGAAAGAGAUGCCAUGCUUGCUGACACGACUGACCAGAGAUGUGUUCCCGUUUGCAGAAACGGAGAAAAACAGGAAUGGGGAAAGGAUGUCUGCCACAUCAUUGGUUGUUUCACAGAAUGUUAGACAACGGAUUGUUUCACUAAGUUAGGAAGCAGUUCCCCCGCCUGCUGACUCGGCACAUAUGAAGACUGGCAUGAUCAGGAACAUCACAAACAGAUGACGACAGAUAAAGUGGGAACCGUGUAACUGUUAUUUCUGUAGAAAUAUAUAUUGGUAAAGAAAACAUUGAGUUUUUUUUGCUCAUGUACAUACAUAUUAUAUAUUUAAUCAUGAGAAAGUUAUUUAGUUGUAAUAUACUUAUUGGUCAUUAAAGUAAAAUGUAAAAACUUCUA